CUGGCACACUGAGCACAGAGAGAGAGUAUAGAGAGGGUAUUACUGCAUUAUUCACAGUUUAUAUGCCUGGCCUCAAUGAAACUUUGCUAAUUCUGCCUCUAGCUCCUUCAUACUGAGAUGUCACACAUGAUGAGGAUGUAACUGGACGCAAAUGAUUAAGUGGAAGACUGGAUUAUUAAAGAGACAGACAAUACAGCAGUGGAUACUUAGAGUGACGUGUGAAUAAGCAGGAAGGAUGCAGUGUGGUGUGAUGUUUCUCCUGCUGCUGAUACUGUCCUGUAAUGCUAGAAACCAGAACAGAAGAAAGAACAGACAGAAGCCUGACAACACUGUCAUCGAAAAUGAAGUCAAAACUCUGUUCUGUCCAGUGGAGUUGGCUUUUUUGGUGGACAGUUCAGAGAAAGCUACAAUGUUUAUGUUUGAGAAGCAGAAGGAAUUCGUGUUGCGCUUCAGCACCAGACUGAUGCAGAUGCAAGUGCCCAGCUGGCGUAUGCGGGUGAGACUCGCCGUCCUGCAGUACAGCAGCACCGUCUCAGUGGAGCACAACUUCCGGGACUGGCAGGACAUAGAUGUGUUCCAAAGUCAAGUGAGUGCUAUGACCUACAUUGGCCAAGGCACCUACUCAGCUUAUGCCAUCACAAACGCCACUCAGCUCUUCACCAGAGAGACAGCGCCCAACAGCUUAAGAGCAGAGCUUCUGUUGACGGAUGGUGUUGACCACCCGCGCAGCCCCAGUGCUGUGAAUGCAGCUGCAGAUGCUAAGAACCACAACAUCCGUAUGUUUGUCAUUGGGCUGUCAGAAUUCACACGAGAUGAGCUGGACAACAGUAGACUGAGGUCCAUCGCCAGCGCACCACCUCAGCAGCACCUCUUCAGCCUCAGUGACCCACAGCUGGAUGACAAACUCUUCAGGGAACUGAGUGAACUUGCGAACACAGCUUGUCCACAGCGCAAAUCCUGUCUGUGUGAGAAAGGAGAGAGAGGUUUUCCCGGCAAUCCAGGUAAACCAGGUGAUCCAGGAUUUGAUGGGCCUCCUGGUCCCAAAGGACCUAAAGGAGAGGCAGGUUUAAAUGGACGUCCAGGAUUAGAGGGUAUAAGGGGAAGACCAGGACCCAGAGGAGUAAAGGGUGGGAAAGGAGAAUGUGGCACCCCAGGGUUAAAAGGAGAUCAAGGCCCAGAUGGACCUCCAGGACCACGUGGACCAAGAGGAGAUCAGGGACUGAGCGGUAACCCUGGUGACCCUGGCCCUGAGGGCCGUGUCGGACCUAAAGGUGAGCGAGGACCUAGCGGACCCACCGGACCUCCAGGGUACCCAGGGACUGGGAUUCCUGGUCCAAAGGGGGAGAAAGGUGGCCAAGGCAGACCUGGGCCCACUGGGCCUGUUGGUAUAGGGGAGCCAGGAAUGCCUGGCGCUUCAGGACCUCCAGGAGUUCAAGGCAUCCAAGGGUUUCCAGGAGAGGGUUUACCAGGGCCAAAGGGUGACAGAGGAUUUGAGGGUCCUAAAGGUGUACGUGGACUUCCUGGGUUGGGCAUUAAGGGUGAUAAGGGUAACACAGGGGAACCUGGUUUACCUGGAUCGAUGGGAUUUCCAGGAGUAGGGACCCAGGGUGAAAAGGGAGACCUGGGACCCAUGGGUCCACCUGGACCAAGAGGCCCCCCUGGAGUGGGCAUGGUGGGCCCUAAGGGGGAUCAAGGCUUUCCAGGAGAAUCUGGCCUACAAGGUGAGAGAGGAAUUGGAGAACCAGGACCAAAAGGAGAACCAGGACCAGACGGAGCACCUGGUAUUCCUGGCAUCCCAGGUGAAGAUGGCUCUGUGGGUUCAAAGGGUGAGAUGGGUUUACCUGGUGAACGAGGUCCAGAGGGCUCACCUGGGAAAGGAAUUCCCGGUGAAAAGGGGGACCGAGGUGACAGAGGACCUCGGGGUCUCCCAGGAAGUGCUGGAGCACCGGGACCCCCAGGGGCCAAGGGAGAACCAGGAAGUUUAGGUAUGAUGGGGUUACCUGGACCUCCGGGUCGAGGAUUGCCUGGUUCAAAGGGUGAGCCAGGACCUGCAGGAACCUCUGGUCCUGUUGGAGAGCCAGGUGUUGGGACUGCAGGCCCUAAGGGUGACAGAGGAAGUCCAGGACCAGUGGGGCCACAAGGAAUGAAGGGGGAGGGUUACCCCGGACCACAGGGGCUUCCAGGGUUGCCUGGACUACCGGGUGAAGUUGGACCUGAAGGACAAGGAAUUCCAGGACCAAAGGGAGACAGGGGCUCACCCGGAGCUACUGGCCCUUCAGGGCCUCCAGGAAUUGGACUGCUUGGACCAAAGGGUGCAGUUGGCCAGCCUGGUGCUCCAGGUCUUCCAGGCCCUCCAGGAGAGGGAAUUCAGGGUCCCAAGGGAGACCCUGGGUUUCAAGGGAACCCUGGCCCAAGAGGGCCUCCGGGUGAUGGCCUGCCAGGAGAGAAGGGCGACAGAGGCCUAGUGGGGGAGCGCGGAAGAAAAGGAGAGAGAGGAGAACAUGGAGUGCCUGGACAAACAGGAGUCAAGGGAAAACCAGGAGAGAAGGGAGAUCCUGGCCUAUCUAGAGAAGAGGUGAUCAGAAUAAUCCAGGAAAUAUGUGGAUGUGGUCUGAAAUGCCAGACGAGUCCUCUGGAACUGGUCUUUGUCAUUGACAGCUCUGAGAGUGUGGGUCCAGAGAACUUUGAAGUGGUGAAGGACUUUGUGAAUGCUCUGAUCGAUCGCUUGUCCGUGAGCCAUGAAGCCACGCGUGUUGGGGUGGUGAUGUACAGUCAUGUGGAUGUGGUGGUCGCCAGCCUACAACAGCUGUUUGACCAGACGGGCAUCAAAACUGCAGUGCGCAAUAUGCAGUACCUGGGCGAGGGCACCUUCACGGGCAGUGCCAUCCGCCGGGCCACUCAGCUCUUCCAAGCAGCUCGGCCUGGUGUAAGAAAGGUUGCGGUCGUGUUGACGGAUGGUCAGGCCGACAAACGUGACGCAGUGAGGCUGAAAGAUGCUGCAGAAGAUGCUCACGAUGCUGGGAUUGAAAUCUUUGUGAUUGGUAUCAUGAACAGCAGUAACUCCCAGUAUGCAGAGUUUAGGAAUGAGAUGAACAUUUUGGCAUCUGAACCUGAUGAAGAACAUGUCUACUUAACUGACUUCAUGAGACUGCACACAAUGGAGAAUAAACUGCUAAGUCAGAUCUGCGAGCGUAAUGAUGGAACACUCUUCAGCCCAAAUGGCAAAACAUUCCCUCCAUUUGGGCCUGAUCCAGUUCCAGAUAGAACUGAGGCUCCCACCAGUGAUUAUUUCGUCACAGAGGACAAAGAGACUGCACUUCCAACAGAGUUUGAGACCACUUCUUCUACCCAGCAACCAGAUGACCAGAUGACACACCAGUCCUCCAUCUCAGUAGUAGGACCCCAGACGCUCAUAAACUGGUGGUAUGUUCCAAAAAUCAACUCACCUCCCCGAACUCUACCUCCUCCACCCCCUCGUGGUGACUCGAAAGAUGUAGACUGUAGACAGGGAUUGGACCCUGGGCCUUGUAGAGAGUACAGGGUCAUGUGGUACUAUGACCUGGAGGCCAACGCAUGCGCACAAUUCUGGUAUGGUGGUUGCCAAGGCAACAGCAACCGCUUUGAGACGGAAGACAUUUGUAGAAACACUUGUGUGCAGACAUAACACCCUCACAAUGAAGUACAGGGCUUCAUUCAGCAGAUUUCUGAUUUUUCAUUUUUUUUUAACAAGCUGUAUCAACUUUUCAGUCAUGCACUAUGCAUUUUCAUUGUAGUACUUGUUUUUUUUAUGAGAACAGUAAGGAAUCCUACACUGACUGUAGAUCAGAUUUGAUUUUGGGGCAACACUACUUUAAUUAUUGUUUAUUAGACUUAGUGCUGCUCCAUUUUCUAGAGAAUAACAUGUAUUUUCGAAGUACCACAUUUUUCUUUCUAUAGUCGCACUGAAAGUUUUAUGAAUUUCUUUGUUUUAAUUAAUCCUUUUGUGUAUGUUGCAUCCUUAAAAAUACAGCAUUGUAAAUAUUUCUGUUAAUUGUAGUCAACUCCACCAUUACCAGUGCUCAAAGUGGGAAAAAAAGGUACUGGUAAUCCCCUUUGUUUUCAAAAAAUAAAUAAAUAUGCUUAUAUACAUAAUUUGGAGUCAUCAUAUGCAGUCAUCAAGGGCAAUGCUGCAGGGAGUCCGCCAAUUAUUGUUUAACUGCAAACUAUUUUUUGUGGAAAAGAUAAAAAAUUUCUUAAAUAGUGCACUACGUUAACUUCAAAGCUAAUGUUAAAGGGAUAGUUCACCCAAAAAUGAAAAUUAUCCCAUGAUUUACUCACCCUCAAGCAAUCCUAGGUGUAUAUGACUAUCUUCUUUGAGACGAACAAAAUCUGAGAAAUAUUUAAAAAUAUCCUAAGGUUUAUAAUGGUUGUGAAUGGCUACCCAGAUUUUGAAGACACUUUUUGGACGUACAUCAAAUGCGUAUGGCUGUCGCGCCAGAAGCUUGUUAUUUUACUUUAUAAAGUUUUAAAUAAGGAUAUUUGUUUUACACAAAUGCAUCGAUUCGUUUCAGAAGGCCUUUAUUAACCCCCUGGAGUCGUAUGGAUUCAUUUUUUUAUAGAUGGAUGCAUUUUUUUUUUUUUUUUGUCUUCAAAAUCUGGUCAGCCAUUCAUAAUAAUAAUUUUCAUAUGUGAAUAAUUUUUAUGUGAACUAUCUCUUUAAGAAGCUAAAUUUCUGCUAAAUUGACCCUCCCUCAUUAAACUGUAUAAAGUAAAAUCAAAAUUUAUUGUACAAGUGUUUGCCUCUCUCAAUGAUUAUUUUAAUGGUUUUGCGAUGUAUCAUAAAGUAUGUACAUAGACUAAGAUGAUACUAUAGAGACCAUUGCAAUAUGCAACAGAAAAGCAUUGCACAAAAUUACUAAUACUGUGUACUGGGGAGUACCGGACAACUUUUAGCACUGAUCCUUACAGAAUCAUUUAUGUGUGCCAAUCACAUAUAUGAUCACUGCUCUUUGUAAGUGCAUGUGUAUUUAAAAUGCAAAACAUUAAGAAUCUGUGUUAAAAAAAAUUUGGACAGUAUUGUAUGUUAAAGUUGUAUUAUAUAGUGUGAUUAAUCACAUUUGCAUUUCAAAGAUAUUUACCCAUGUUUCAUUGUUCAUGUUUCCUUAGCAGUGAGCAUGACUCAUGAAUUUGGGUAUAAACUCCUCCUUUCGUGUCAUAAAUAGAUGACAAUCAAACAUCCAGAAGUCCUUUCCAAUAUAACAUCCAAGGUUUGGAUUAACCAAAAGCUUUUCUUGUCUUACAUUUGAUAGAUUUUAACAAAGAUUCUCAACUUGAAUUUUUUACGUUCAGUCAAUGAUGAAGCAAACCAUUGUGUUUCCGAAGCUAAUGUUAUGACAAUCAAGUUCUUAGUCUGUAACGUAACUUUAAUCCCAUAUGUAAAACCUGUUUUAAUAUGUAUUAUAGAACAAUAAAUAUAACAUGAUUUACA